AUGUCGCAAGCCGCUCUGCUUCCGUCCGAUUACUCCGACCAUGGGGCCCCGAAACGCAUUCUCAUCGCCUUCUUGAAGAGCCAGCAAGUCAGGCUAUUCGGCCUCUUUGCCGCUUUCCUCGUUGUCAUCCGCAUCUUUGUGUUGGACGCGUCGACGAGCGGGGCCCCGGGAGACUAUGCGGCCACGAACCCCUGGCGGGACCUCCCUCCGGACCCGGCCGUUCAUCAGACGAUUCGGGAGGUGCUCUUCAUUGGAGACACGCUCCGAGACGGCAUGCUGCCGACGUCCUUGCCCGACGACGACUAUGAUUCGUACUCGGCGAUGCUGCGCAGCCUCGAGACCAGGACGGACCUCACCUGGCUGGUAAUCCAGGAAACCCGCGUCGACCAGACCGUCAUGGCCAUCGCCAACCGCGGCGGCUACCACAGCCCCAUCCCCGAAGAGCCAUACGACUUACACGGGCGCGCCGAGAGGCUACACGGCCACUGGUCCGCGCUCGCUUCCCACAAAGACAGGCCGGACCGGUGGGAUGCCCGGUUCGACACCACCCAUCUGCCUCCGCUCCUCGGCAGGCACGCCUCCGGCUCUGAUCGAGACGGCGACUCCUCGGAUUUCCAUUUGACGACGGAGCAGAAGUCGGCGGCAGACGCCAAGUACGCAGCCUAUCGAAAGCGCAGAGACCGGGCCGUCUCGUAUCUCAAGGACCACCCGCCCAAGCCGAUGGCCUGGUCGCCGGUGCAGACGGACCACCCGGACGAGACAGCCCCGGGCGGCGCCUGGGAAAUUCUUUUCCAUAAAGGCAUCGUGCAGGCUGGACGAAAGGUGUUAGGAAGCAGGCUGGCCGGCAACCCGGCGCUCAAGCCCAUCUAUCGCAAUCUCAUCACGGAGCGUGUGCCGUACGACUGGGUCAACCCGGACGAGCCGGUGCGGGAGUAUGCCGAAAGGGACCACCUGAGGGAGAUGGAGGCAUUCCGGGAAGAGUCAAAGGCGCGACAGGAGAGGACGGAUAGACAGGCAAAAUUCCAGGAGGCGCUGAGGGCGGAGGAGAGAUUGGAGCGGGGAGACAAGCAGGAGCUAUGA